UCAUGAAUGGACAGUGGGAGGGCCCAUCGUCCGUCUUUACUAGUCGGCCGUGGGUUAAAAAAGUGGGUGUUGAGUUGUAGUUUUGUUUGGCUCGCAAUGUUUUUGAACACAUGAGCAGCGGGACACCGCGCACACAGACUGCACCGAGAGGGGCGUUCAUCCAUCGGCUGCCCGGUGCAGGCCAGCCGCGGUGCAGUUAACGACAGACCCGCAGGAGCAAGAGGAGUCUCGCCUGUGAGUCAGCCAUGGGUUUCCGCAAGAAGAACAAGAGCCCACCGAUGCUCAGCCACGAAUUUAUUAUCCAGAACCACGCCGACAUGGUUUCGUGCCUGGCUAUGACCAUCCUCCUGGGCCUGAUGUUCGAGGUCACAGCAAAGUUUGCCAUCAUGUUCAUCACAGUCCAGUACAAUGUCACACAAGUUCUUGGUGAGAAGAACGACCCAGUGAACUUUUACCAUUAUGGCCCAAAAGAUGUGGCUACUGUGUUUUUUUAUCUUCUCAUCGCCGUCAUCCUUCAUGCCCUGAUCCAAGAAUAUAUUUUGGAUAAAAUUAACAGGAGGCUGCAUCUGUCAAAAACCAAACACAGCAAGUUUAAUGAAUCAGGGCAACUGGCGGCAUUCUACCUGUUCUCCUUCAUCUGGGGCUGCAGCAUCCUGACAGCGGAGGACUUUGCAAAAAACCCAACUUUCCUAUGGGAGGGUUACCCACACACUCACAUGGUUUUUCAGGCCAAGUUUUUCUAUGUAUGCCAAAUUGCUUAUUGGCUUCACACACUUCCUGAACUCUACUUCCAAAAAGUACGCAAGGAGGAUAUCCCCCGCCAGCUCUACUAUAUUUGCCUCUAUGUUGUUCACAUCACUGGUGCCUAUGUCUUACAUCUCCACCGGCUCGGACUGUUGUUGCUGGUCCCUCACUACUUAGUGGAGCUGCUGUUUCACGCCUCUCGUCUCUUCUACUUCAGUGAUGAGAACAAGCAGAAGGGUUUCACUCUGUGGGCUUUGCUUUUUGUCAUUGCCCGACUGCUUACUCUCACCCUCUCUGUCCUGACAUUUGGCUUCGGAUUGCCCCGGAUAGAAAACCAAGGCUUUUCACUCGUGAAAGGCAACUUUAAUGUCCUCACUGUAAGGAUGACAUGUUUGGCAGCCAUCUGCCUGACUCAGGCUUGGAUGAUGUGGAAGUUCAUCAAUUUCCAGUUAAAGAAGUGGAGGGAACACAAUCAGAACCAGGCCUCAAAGAAGAAGACAAGCAGCCCAAAGAGCAAACCUCACAAAAGGGAACUCAUAAGGGGAGGAGCCACCAAUGGAAUUGUGAAGCCUGAUGAGAAGACAUCACCACGCGCGAGGAAAGCUAAAAACUCAUAAACGCCGAGCAUCUGUUUACUGCUCGCUAAACAAAAUCACACAAACAACCUCACAUAGCUGUCUCUUUUGACGAUCACAUUCCCUUUGCAAGACUUGUUCUGGGUGGAGGUUUGCAGGACAGACUUGGUUUUGAUGCUUUAAACCAAUAUCACUUCUUUAAGAUAAAAGUGUAUUUUUGUGUACAAGUACAGCAGUACCUCAACUUAGGAGCUUAAUUGGUUCUGUGACAGGGCUCUUAACUCAAAACACUUGUAUAUGAAAUCAACAUUGCAACAUUGAAAAUAAUUGCAAUGUUGGCGAUUUGAUCUUAAUCAUUGGUCAUUUGUGUGCGCAGCUCGAUCACUUUCCUUUUUUGCAAAUGUUCAUCUUCCCUCUCCUGCUGUUGUUUUCUAUCGUCUGCCUACUUUCUCUACACAACAGCCACGGCACAAACCCCCGAACAAGCUGAUGUGGCGUCCAUGUGUAGGAGCCUCUUUUGUUAUUUACAAAAUCGUCGAGGCCUUAUUGGGGCAUGUGCGCACUUAUACUGGAGUCUGAUAAAGAUCACAUGUUACCUGUAAACCAGUCAUCGGGUAAAAAAAUCAGAUUUCGAAAAAGUGAGAUUUGUUCCACUUUGGCCUGCCGUGUAAACAUAGUCCAUCCGUCCUUCCGUUUUCUACCGAUUGUCCCUUUCGGCGUUGCGGGGGGUGCUGGAGCCUAUCUCAGCUGCAUUCGGCCAGAAGGCGGGGUACACCCUGGACAAGUCGCCACCUCAUCGCAGGGCCAACACAGAUAGACAGACAACAUUCACACUCACAUUCACACACUAGGGCCAAUUUAGUGUUGCCAAUCAAGCUAUCCCCAGGUGCAUGUUUUUGGGAGGUAGGAGGAAGCCGGAGUACCCGGAGGGAACCCACACAGUCACGGGGAGAACAUGCAAACUCCGCGCCCGGGAUUGAACUUAGGACCUUUGUAUUCUGAGGCACAUGCACUAACCCUUGUUCCACCGUGCUGCCGCAAACAUAGUCUUAGAUAAGAGAUAGAGUAUGAAAAAAUGACAAUAAAUGUGCUACUAACAACUACAGUAGUUUUAUGAAAUAAUGUUAUGAUAAUGUACAGUAUUACCUGAGAGAGUGGACUUCUGCAGUAUCUCCUUCCAGCUGCUUUGCCAUCAAACACACCAUCAGCAGCUUUUAUAUAUUUUCAUGGAUAAAUGUUUGCUGUUUAGAUAUUAUUUUAACAUCUUUGGCUGGCGUUAGACUCAUUCAAUCAAACAAUUAAUCUAUCCAUCAAUCAAUCUUUGUAUUGUCAUUGUCAUAAUAACAUCAGCAGCUUCUAUAUAUUUUCAUGGAUAAAUGUUUGCUGUUUUGAUAUUAUUUUAACAUCUUUGGCUGGUGUUAGACUCAUUAAAUCAAUCAAUCAAUUAAUCUAUCCAUCAAUCAAUCUUUGUAUUGUCAUUGUCAUAAUAACAUCAGCAGCUUCUAUAUAUUUUCAUGGAUAAAUGUUUGCUGCUUAGAUAUUAUUUUAACAUCUUUGGCUGGUGUUAGACUCAUUAAAUCAAUUAAUCAAUUAAUCUAUCCAUCAAUCAAUCUUUGUAUUGUCAUUGUCAUAAUAACAUCAGCAGCUUCUAUAUAUUUUCAUGGAUAAAUGUUUGCUGUUUAGAUAUUAUUUUAACAUCUUUGGCUGGCGUUAGACUCAUUCAAUCAAUUAAUCUAUCCAUCAAUCAAUCUUUGUAUUGUCAUUGUCAUAAUAACAUCAGCAGCUUCUAUAUAUUUUCAUGGAUAAAUGUUUGCUGUUUAGAUAUUAUUUUAACAUCUUUGGCUGGCGUUAGACUCAUUCAAUCAAUCAAUCAAUUAAUCUAUCCAUCAAUCAAUCUUUGUAUUGUCAUUGUCAUAAUAACAUCAGCAGCUUCUAUAUAUUUUCAUGGAUAAACGUUUGCUGUUUAGAUAUUAUUUUAACAUCUUUGGCUGGCGUUAGACUCAUUCAAUCAAUCAAUUAAUCUAUCCAUCAAUCAAUCUUUGUAUUGUCAUUGUCAAAAUAACAUCAGCAGCUUCUAUAUAUUUUCAUUGAUAAAUGUUUGCUGUUUAGAUAUUAUUUUAACAUCUUUGGCUGGCGUUAGACUCAUUAAAUCAUUCAAUCAAUUAAUAUAUCCAUUAAUCAAUCUUUGUAUUGUCAUUGUCAUAAUAACAUCAGCAGCUUCUAUAUAUUUUCAUGGAUAAAUGUUUGCUGUUUAGAUAUUAUUUUAACAUCUUUGGCUGGCGUUAGACUCAUUCAAUCAAUCAAUUAAUCUAUCCAUAAAUAAAUCUUUGUAUUGUCAUUGUCAUAAUAACAUCAGUUAUACUUGUCAACAAUAUUUUGGAGCUUAUUGUAGCUACACAGGAAAGUGCAGAGGUGGUGCAGGUCACUUCUGGUACAUACAUAGGCAGCACAAUAGCAGUAGUUUUUGUAGCAUCACAGCAGGACAGGCGAAGGGGCGUAAACAGAUGUUUGAGGAGUGUUUUGCUUCAGUACGGUGCAGACUAGCAGUAAUACGCUUGAAUUGCUAUGUCAAGUGGGGCACACACUGUCAUGUUUUUGAUGAUUUAUUUCUUUAAUUCAGUGAAUAACAGCCACUUCUUCUCAGCACAGUCCUUCACGCUCACUUUCUUCCUUCCCAUUGUUGGAAAACAAAGUAAUGCCGAUCUCCAGCUAAAAACUAAUGCUCAAGAGUAAGACCAGGGGCCUCAUGUAUUAAGAGUUGUGUUAAUUUCCUACAAAAAAAAGAGUGUAUGCUCAAAUCCAGGAAAUGUGUGCGCAUAAACAGUUCCAGAUGAACGCAUGCAUUUACUCAAGCAUAUUUAUUUCUUACAUCCCAAUCAACGUGGAAUUUUGCGCACAUGUUGGAGUGCAGCUGGCCACUCGCUGUCCACGCCCCCAUUUAACUACUACAGCAGGAAAAAAGUGAAGAAGAAGAAGAUGUAUAUGGCCCAAACAGGCGAGGGGACCGAAAAUAAAGUAGCGCUCUUCCUGUCUGAAAAGAUAGUGGCUGCAAUGAUACGUAAAACUUUAGAAGAGGUGGGUGACUCUGAUUACCCCCAAGUUAAAUAUAAUUUGUUAUAACUUACAACAAAAUGUGUUCAUACAGUAGCCUAAUGAUGUAAUAUUUUGUUUGCAAUGUUUUACAUUUAAACAUACUGGCAUUCAAAAAAGAUAUGAAAGACUUUGACUCCUUUGCUUACUCAAUGUAUUAUUACACCACAGGAGAACUACUUGUGGUAGCAGCCAUGUGACACCAAGUCGGCACAUUCCUCAAGUUGGCGUGAGGCAGCACACAUUUCCAUGCUCAGUUCACUUUUGAUUUACAGUCGUGGUCAAAAGUUUACAUA